GAGAGCUUCCAUUUAAGCAGUCAUUGGUGGCUGAGGCAACGUUCACACCAACAGAAGCAACUCUGAGCCCCAAGGACUCUAUAAGAGAGGAAGGCUGACUUCUGCUGCUCUAGAGAAAAGGAAAGCAGCCUAGCCUUCUUCCACAGGAUAUCUUUGUUUUUCAUAUAAAGGGAGCAGCAAUAUAAUGGAAGCAUCAGUUGCAAGGUGGUUCCCUGAUAUGGGAAUGGAGGAUCCUAGUUUCUUCCAUCAUUGGGACAUGAACUCCUUGGACCAGCUCACUGCACAACAGCUAGCAGUGGCUCUUGGGCAGGACUUCCAACAAUCCCUCUCUUCAGAGAGCAACACCUCCUACCCUUCCUUCCAACCACCAGCCAGCACCACAUCAAACACCUUCAGCUGCUCAUCCAUGGACACCAAGUGCGUCGAAAGGCCCAAGAAAAUCCUCAAGGCCAGCAGCUGGAAUUCUUGCACCACCGAGCAGAACUCGGCCCUGGCCCCCGAUGCCUCGUCUCCGAGCAUCCUUUCCUUCGGCAACCUGGACUCGCCAAGGAAUCAAGCUGAAUUAUAUGAGAGAUUAGUUGGUGCCGUGAGGCCAAAGGAAGAGAUGGAGAUCUUGAUUCCUCCUGGUUCAAAGAGGAGCUAUGACAAUAUGGUUGGACAGGGACCUAAGAGGAUGAACAUGGGGGCUAGGCCUUCUUCUCAUAACCAAGACCACAUCAUUGCGGAGAGGAAGCGAAGGGAGAAGCUGAGCCAGAGAUUUAUAGCACUUUCCGCAAUCAUUCCCGGUCUCAAGAAGAUGGACAAGGCUUCGGUUCUUGGAGAUGCAAUCAAGUAUCUAAAACAACUUCAAGAGAAGGUGAAAAGUCUUGAAGAGCAGAAUGCGAAAAGGACUGUUGAGUCAGCAGUUCUUGUCAAGAAGUCACAACUUUCUUCUGAUGAUGAUGGCUCCUAUGAUGAGAAUUUUGGUGGACAACCCUCUGGUGAAUCCCUCCCAGAGAUUGGGGCCAAGAUGUCUGAGAAGAGUGUCCUCAUUAAGAUUCACUGUGAGAAAAGCAAAGGGAUAUUGGUGAAGGCACUCUGCGAGAUUGAGAAGCUCCAUCUCACCGUCAUCAACACAAGUGUCAUCCCCUUUGCUAGUUCCUUGCUUGAUAUAACUGUUGUGGCUCAGGUUGACGAGGAGUUCUCCAUGACGGUGAAGGAACUAGUGAAGAAGCUAAAUUCAGCUUUCAAACAGUUCGCAUGAAAAAGGCAGGACGACCUUGUACAAAAAAUAAUGGUGGUGGAGGUGGUGGUGGUCCUUUUUUAAUUAGUCCUAAGAGAAAUCUUGGGCUGAUGACUAGCUAGCUACUGUCGGUUCCUAAAAUUUUUUAGACUUGCUUCUACUUCUGAAAAUAAGGCCUUCGAUCCCCUCACACUUUAAAGAUCACCAUUUUCACUUGUUUUUGCUGCAUGGGUUUUUCUUCUCUCAUUUUUAGUUCUUCUCUCUUACCUUUUUUUUUGCAUGGUUGAAGCACUCGACCAUGUUCUUCUAGAAGAGAAAAGACUAACAACACGAGGCUUUUUCUGGGCUUCCGCUGGGGAGUUUGACUUUUCAAAACCCUUUUCCUUUCUCCCCCUUUUCUUGUGGCCCUUUUUUUCUGAGGGGUUUGACUUUUCAAACCUACCUCUUGCCUUCCUUUCAAUCUAUAUCUCUGCUCCCAAAAGCUUGACUGUGGAAAAAAUGGUGCUCUUUUUUUUUUCUCUUAUGUAGGGGUAAAAUAGGCCUUGUCUCAGAAGCCUGGGGUCUUUUUUUUUCUUUUUUUGAGGGUCUUAUGAAUAAUUCCUACUUGUGUCCCUUUUCUCCUUCUGUUGUUUUCUUGCGAAAAGGUGUUUAGAAACACCAACUAUGUUGUUGUUUUGUUGGACAUAUUGUACAAAUAAAAAUACCAACUUGUUUUGUUGCUUGA